AUGGAGCAUGCAGCUGCUAGCACGAUGGCCGAUGUGCAUGAUGAACGCCGGCUACCCGAAGCGAGGAUUAACCACAGCAUUGUACUGCGGUGGGCGUUCAUCGACAAGGCGAUCAGCGGCUUGGGGAAGUUGGCACUUGCUUGGGCCACCAUCGUUCUGCUCGGUGGAUUCUCCACCCUGAUAAAGCAGAAGGACUUCUGGUUCGUCACCAUCAUCACCUUCUUGGAAGCCACCAGGCUUUUCAGCAGUGCUGUGGAUCAAGAGGAUACAUUCAUCCUCAACGCACCGGAAGUUGUGGCAGCACUGCCGGAGAAAAUCGAGGCCAUGGAACAUGGAAGCUGGCAAAGGCACCGCCCUAGCAACCCGGAGCAAGGAACGAUCGUCGCAUCGUUCCUAACCUCCAGGCGCUGCUGUAGCUGCCGGAUCUUCUUCGCCAAGAUCCUCUCCACGGGCUUCACCUUUGCGCAGUUCGCCGCGGGCUUCACCUCCAUCGUCCUGGCCGCCCUGCGCCUGAGCCGGCAGGACUACGUCGGCCCGGCGGACCAAGGCAGCAGCGACCACAAGAGCAUCAGGGGGUCCCUGAACCUCUUCUACGGGCUGGUGCUCGCGCAGGGCCUCGCCUCCUUCCUCGCCGACACCAUGCUUGCUGCCGAUUACAUGCAGGUGAGGAAGCUUAGCAUGACAUACCAGCUUGGCUCUUCAGGGGUGCAGAUUAUCAGGCGCUACAUGCUCGAUACCUACAUGAAAUGUUCCGGUGGGAGCGUGCGCGAAGCCAUGAACAUGGACAUGGUCAGCUUCGCCAUGGAGAUGGCAAGAUCAAACUCGGUCGCCGACCGCCUUGUCGGCGUCCGGAUCCUUGAUCGCAUCCUCAGGGUGGACAAGUACAGAGGGUUGGCAUUGAUGCGGCUUCGGGCUUCCUCUGACACAGUGGCAAAUUUGGUCAGUAUGCUGGGACUGAAGGCCAACACCAGGGAGGAAGAGAACACUCGAGGGCAUGCGGCUAACGUGGUGUUGUGGCUCUCCCCGGACCUCCUAGUUGAGAGCUUCCCAGAACUGCUACAGAUGGUGUCUUCAAUGCUUACUAUGAAGACAACGACAGCGGCGGUGACGAUCACGGCCCGGGUAAAUCCCCAGAGCUCUAGCAAUGUGAGCAUCGAGCUCACAUGGCUUGGUGUGAAAAUCCUCAAAAAGAUCAUGGACAAUCCGGACAAUUGUAAGAAGGUGAUGGAUGACGAUGACCAGUUGAUGUCAAGCAUUGUGGACCUUACAGCUGUUAGUGAUGACAGCAGCUCAAUCUCAUGGUCUCCAGUAGUAGAAGAAAUCAUUGUGGAGGCAGUUCGGGUCUUGCACAAGCUGGUCAGAACUACAGGCGACGCCGGGAGGGCGCUUAGGUGCAAAACAUCUGAGAACCUCCAUGUUAUCAGGAACAUCAGAAAGAUCCUAGAGCAUCCUCAGAGCCAUACAGAGCUACUCACUGAAGCAAUUGGUGUUCUUGCUUGCUUAGCUUUGGAUGAGACAGGAAAGCAAGAGAUUGGGAGUUCACCUCGAAUCAUUAGGAAGCUUGUUUCAUUCCUUGUUGCUGAAACACAAACUCCAUCUAAUAGAGUGGAGCUAGCUAAGUCUGCUGUUGAAGCAUUAGUUAUGCUUGGCGUGGACAGCCCAAGCAUUGCCUGGAGGAUCCUAGAAGAACUGAAGCCUGAAAACGUACAGCAACUCGUGGAGACGCUCUCUUCUGACUCUACAGAGCUCAGAACUAUGGUUGCAAAACUCUUGGGGAGUUUACGUGUGAACUCUAAACCAGAGCAUGCUCAUUAUAACAGGAAAAUCGACAGCCAGCUACCUCUGCUGCUGAAUGUAAUCAAGUUAGAAGUGGAGAAAGUAGAGGCCCUGGGUUCUGCUGGAGAGCUGCAUGCCCGUAAUAAUUUGGAAGAAUGGAGGACCAAGCAGGGCGCACUACUGGAGAGCAUUGUCGGUCUCAGUGUUCAGAUUUGCAAAUUCAUUCACGCAAGCGAGUAUGGCGACGCCCUCCGGAAUGCCAACCUCGCAGUGGAUGUGUUCAUGCAGAAGCUUAGAAGGAUCCUUGAUCUGUACAAGUCGCCAGAAACUGAGUUCCCAGGUGACCUCAAGGUGGCAUUCACCAACAACUACGCGGGGGCAAUGCAACGUCCUGGCAAUAGGAUCAACUUGUCUCAGGUCAAGCAACAAGAAGGCGAGACCCUGCAGAGCUACUUACACUGCUUCUUCGACAAGAAGGCCACAAUCAUGGAUGUCAUGGAGCGCGACGUCAUUGACUGCUUCCAAAACAGCCUCCACGACCGCCGGAUGUUUCAAGACUUCGGCAGAAGACGCCCCGCUGAUGUCAAAUCUCUCAAGAUCAUGGCAUAG